UCUGUUCACAAGUUUUAUAGCGUUUGUUAUUACAGUUAAAGUUAUCGUUUGCGUUCAACGAUAAAUCUUUAGUGAAAAAAAGUAAAGAGGUGCAACGCUGGUGUUGAGAAAUGUAGCUGUAAUACAGAACUCUACAUAGAAUAUAUAGGAUGCUGUACAUCAUGGUGCUGGCUGCAGUAGCGGCUGCUGACGGCGACGUGUCGUGCGCGACAGCUUGUGCGCGCUGCGAUGGCAGGUCUGCUAGCGAGCUGGCCACCGUCUACUGCGCGCUUUGUCGAGAGUGUCGCGAUCGCCGGCGAGAGUGGCUGGUGACAGCGGCACCAUUUCGCCAAAGCAAGCCUUUCGGUAGCCGCAACAUGGCAGUUCGCCGAAUGGCACCCGUCCAGCCCAACCACUACAGAGAGGACGCCACCUGGAACGAACCCCGCCGACACCAGCCAGACUGCCCACCGCCACGUUACUGCGACGACGAAGAAGAGAUCGGGUACAUCAAAGUGUACGGUCUGAAGCGCUCGACGUGCCCUCCUGCACCACCCUGUGUCACGCAGACUCACGCUUCUCGUUUUACAAGAACGUACUCUUCCCGUCCUCCCACUAGAAUGACAUACACUUCCCCCCGCUCGAGACACACUCAGCCUUCAACAUCAUCCAUACAGCCGACGUACUCGAAUCAAUGUUGUCCAAUCUUUAUGCCCAUGUUACCGUAUCCGUGUGUGUGUCCACUCGGCGUAUUCGCUCCAGGCCCAGGGAUAUUUGGUGCUGGGGCACACUACCCUCGCCUAAGAGCAUUUAAGCCUGGUGGUCCGUCUGGCCCCAGCUUGGCCGCCAACGGCCACAGUCAGGCUACAAGCGAAUCAGUAGUGUCCACGACUCAAUCCACCACUCAGACCGAACCCGUGUACCUGUACAUUGGAAUACCGAAGGAAAUGAAGAACUUGGUCGAAAGCCAAAGAUAGAUACCAUUAAAUUAUUUCGUUUAAUGAAUAACAAUAGAUAAUAAAUAAAGCCCUACUAGAAAUCUUUUUCGUAGAAUCCCUAAUUCUUCGGUACUUAACUAAAUUAAUAUUUUUGUUAUUUAAUCUAUUCCAUCGUUAGUGUAAUUAUUUUAAAUUGAAAGCUGACAAAGGCUGGUUAUUUAUGUAAAUCCUGUUGACGGCGUUUCGGGAGCCACGCGACAAACUGGCAUACGCGAGGAACCGCGGAGUCAAAGCUGAUUUAAUUAUGAUAUUGUUUAUCCGAAACACGUCGUUUCUUGACAGCUUACGGCUUAUACUAAUUUAAUUUCGGUUAAUUUA